AGAUAUCCCCGCCACAGAACAAAGCCGUCCGAGCACAGCGAAUGCCCCAACUCCAGACGAAUCUCCCGACCCAUCCUCCUCCUCCUGUUCCGACUCCGUAUCAACGGAAUCAUCAGACGUCGGAAGACGAGAAACCACCUGAGAAAAUAAAGACCGAAAGCCCCCAUUCAUCCUCAAUCCCAAUAGACCUAACAUCAGAGCCGUCUCCGGAGGUUAGCGGUGUGGCUGCAUCAUCUCGCGAAACCGAAGUCGUCUUCAAAUUCAUCUCCGAACAGCCCGAUAUGGCAUGCCUCAUCCCCAUGGCGGAGUGCAAUGAUAGAAAGACCCUUUUCACUAAGACCCAGAAGUUCUUCCAGGUUUUGGAUAAGGAUGUUGAAGUUAGCAUGCUGUCAUGCCGGCUUCCUUCGCAGCAGGAGCAGCGGUACUUGUUUGAGGGUAGUGAUGGGCAGUUUGAGUUGCUUGCCAAGGAUAUACGUGCGUUGAGUAGGGGGCAGGUCAGAGAUUGACUGUUGAUGUUAGGUGUGUAGCGUAGUUGUACUACUUAGGGUGGUUUGUGUGGGCACCGGCUGGGUUAAGGGUCUGGGGUCGUCGUUUUGUAUUGGGUUCGAGGAGGGAAGCAUUAGAGUGCUUGUCUGUUUGGGCUGUAUAUGUUUCUUGUACGAAUAGAUAUAUAUACAUGGCAAG